AUGGAAAGUCGGCUUAUGAAAGCAGUCAAAGAUGCUGUGAAGGAUGCUGUGAAGGAUUUGAAGAAAACAGUCUCUUCAUUGUCUGACAAGUCGGAGGAGAAUAAGGAGUCGGACGAAGAGGAUGAUGUUGAUAAGGCAUCGGAGGAAGAGGAUGGUGGUGAUAAGGAGAGUAAGGAGUCGGAGGAAGUGGAUGAUGUUGAUAACGCAUCGGAGGAAGAGGAUUGUGGUGAUAAGGAGAGUAAGGAGUCGGAGGAAGAGGAUGAUGUUGAUGAUUACAUUCGCGAUGUUACAAACGAAGUGCUGAAGGAACAUGGUGAUGUUCAUGAUAACAUGGAUGAAGAUACUGCACAGAUGAUUGUUCAUGCUGAGAAGCAUGAGAAGGCAGAGGCUGAGAAGGCAAAGAAGGAAAAAAAGAGGGGGAGAAUAGAUGAUGGAAAAGAAGCAGAGCCUUCGAAAAGGCCAAAGGGUUUAGGAAAAGUGAGAAGUCCCAUUAAUACAAGAAGCCGUCGUUUUAGGGGGGAGAAGGGAGCGGAGGAGGAGGCAGCAGAUGAAGAGGUAGCAGAGGAAGAGGGAGCAGGGAAGAAGAUCAGAGGUGCAAAGAAAGCAGCUGAGAAGAAGGCAGCAGCUGAGAAGGCAGCAGUUGAGAAGGAGGCAGCUAAGAAGGCAGCAGCUGAGAAGGAGGCAGCUAAGAAGGCAGCCCAGAAGAAGCCACCCCUGAAGCCGGAGAAGAGUAAGACAAAGAAGGUAGGUAAGAAGACGAAGUGA